AUGCUAUUCCAGUUGAAGUUGUCUUGUGGUCGGAUGACUUUGAUCCCAACAAUACCCAAAAAAAAACAAGGGAUCGGCACACCACAAGACGACUACCAUUCUGGAUGCAACGCUUAUCUUCUUUCGCUGGAACCAAGCAGCAGAGACGAACGCGCUGUCAAAUCAAAGAUAGCAGAAGAACUCAUAGCACUGUCACAGCCCACAAGUUUCUACUGGCCUGUUGACAGCUUGAAAGGGAAAGAAGUGAAGAUAGCACUUCAACUCCUCUGUACCCUACAAGAUCGACCAGAACGAUCGUCUUGGGUAUGUUUCACCUAUGGGAACGGCCGGUAUGGUGGCAGAUUCGGAUGGGCCGUCGAUCUCUCGCAGGGCAUUGCUUUUAAGAAUCUUCCAUCUUGUGCCGAGUGCCACAAUUCGAGGAUGACGAAUGGCCAACAAAGAAGACGACCACAAUGCAACUGUGCCGAUUGGAACAUGAUGUUCAUCAUUUUCAAGAUACCAAAGAACUACCCCUCGUUCAAGAUCUUCCUAUCCUGCAUCCAAUUUUUUGACGCAUUAAGACAGCAGAAAUCGGGAGAGAACGGAAAGGAUCGGAUCCCAAAGUGGAGAACAACCUUCAACUACCUAGGUUUACUGAACUAUCCGGAUCUUGUGAGAGAACACGAUCCGGUUCGGCCUCUUUCAGAACUAGAUUUCAAGUGUGGGGCUUUGAUUCAGCUCCUGACGAAGAGAUUUUCCUCGGGUACUCAUGGAGAGACCUUGGCCUAUAAUGUGGCAAAUGCGUACUACAAGGAUAAAUCGUUCAGGAAUGUCUUGAGAGACGCAAAACCAUCUUUCCUUUCAAGCAUGGAUGAGGAAUUGUUUUCUGAACCGGCAACAUUGAAGAUUCUCCAGGCUAUAGACCAGGAGAUCAAAGAGGGCACCACAAAGGGCGGCGAAACAAGGAUUGAAGAUGAGAUGAUUUGUAACACAAACUCAAACUUUGUAAGAUACAAGGAUAUUGAGACAGCAAACAGACACUUGUUCACGAGAAACAAUCUUAUCACAGGUAUUGUCAUGGAGAACGCACGAUACUUUGUUUUAGUUGGACGAAAUCGGGAGGAGGAAAGAUACUAUCAGAUCGAGCCCGAUAUGUAUCAUAUUAGUUUAUGUGGGGCGGAUUACUUCAUAUGGCGGAUCUGCUCCGACGAUGAGGUCAAAGACGAACUGGAAAAGAUAAGGGUGCAAAACUCGACUCAUUACUUCUUGGUGCUGCCUUUACUAAACAACCUGACCGAAACCGCACUUACAACCUUGGCAAUCCGACAUUUCAACGAAUUUGGAGGAUUUCGCAUUACCAGAAUACUUUCCAAGAUCGCCUGA